AUUGACAUGUUGGAAACAGUGUUUAUAAAAAUUAUGGUAGCUAUUUUAGUUUUAAAUAAACAAGUGUAUAGUGCUGGAGAUAUACAUUUUAGUCAUGAAAAUAAGAAACAAGAUAAAUUUAGAGUUUCUACGAAUACAAGGCACAUGAAAACGAGCGAAUUGCAAGUGGAAAUAAUGAAACAAUAUAAAUUUGAAAAAGACAAGCUGUUAUCAAAGAAAACAAACACUUAUAUUAAAAUUAGUAAUAAGACCUCAAAUAAUCAGGUUAACACUACGGAAAAAACUGCACCUAACAAAACUAGUCUCCGACAUCAUGUUUUAUUACUUCAUCAAAAUCCAAACAAAUAUUCAAUUCAGCUUGCACGUAUCCCAACAAAUUUACAAACAUCGACUCCCAGUUACAUAGAAUUUCAUUAUUUCGAUAAUUCAGAGAACGUAAAUAUAUAUCCGACUAGAAAUUUUGUUAAUAAUUAUAAAAUUGCAUUUUUACGUCCUCCGCUGUUUUUAAUACGUUUAAAUGAUGCAGUUUGUCAUACUCCAUCAGAAAAUUUUAUGAUAUUAUCAAAGAAAGUUUUAUCAAAUACAAUUAAAUUUAGUAGAGAUAAUCAUGCUGCAUCAUCAAAAUAUUUAAUUAAACCGCUGCACGAUGAUAAUACAAAGUACAGACAGUAUACAUUAUUUACCAACAGUCCAAAAGUUAAUAACGGAACUUGUGCCUAUAAAACUUCAACAAACAUUUAUAAAAACGCAAACAGAAACAUCCUAUCCCGAGAAAUAAAUGAUAGAAAUAGAAGUUCAUCAAUUUCAACUGAAAAAGAUUCAAGGAAAUUUGAGUCAACAACGGCUUACGAUCGUAUAAAAUUUUUUGAGAUAUAUGACAACAACACCGACCCUCCAAGAUCGUUGUCCUUUAACGAAAAAAACGAUGAACUUCAAAGUAAUUAUUAUCGAAGAAAUGCCAAUGUAAAUUUGAAUAAAGAGAAUAAUAGCGUCCAUACAACCAAGAGCCAUUAUAUAACAAGAUCUUUAAAAAAAUACGUUACCCCUAAUGAUACAAAAAGAGAAACACCAAAAUACGUUGAAAAAUACAGUUCUACAUCCACAAGUAAAAUAAAUAAUCCAAAUGCAAUUCCUAUUUCGACGAAUUUUCCGUGUUUAAGUAAAUCAGCCUCCUGGUCAGAGUUUCCUUUUGUUGCUGUCUAUACGUAUGAACCAGCCCAGGUUCACUGUGAUUGUGCCUCAAUUAGUUCUCACUGGUUAGUAUCGUCAGCUACGUGUCUAUAUCUACACCACAAGGAUCUUAGAAUAGAUGGGAGAUCGGCUUUUGUAAGCUACUGUAGCAAUCAUUGGAGACGCCCCGGUCGAAUUGCUUACGUCCGACGAAGCCUCCUCCAUCCUCGUUUCAAGCCAACAGAUAAAAUUCGACGACAAGUUUAUAACAUAGGCGUCAUUCAAGUAGCAAGUUCAAUGGCAAACACCUGCAAUGGAUGGCAGCCAAUAUCGUUAAUGUCACAUCAGUUUGUGGCUGGCCCUGAUGGGACUUUAGCAACUGCCGUCGGCUGGGGAUUAGAUCGAUACGAUACUAGACAUAGUACUUCCGAACUACCUUUACAUCCACUGAUGUUGUACCAAAGUCUCGUGUUCUCUGAUUCAUGUCCUGGAAACUCCGGCUACAGUAAUGCGAAGCUCUUUAAUGAAGAAAGUGUUAAAAAUGUAUACUGUCUGUCAUUGCCACCUUAUAUUAAGGAAGAGAAUGAUACCGUUCACGGCAGUCUCCUUUUGGUGGGAGGAAAAUUAAUAGCGCUUUAUUUGCAGGAAGAGCGUCGUCCCUGGGGAGUACAAUCGGCGCAGUAUACUAGCAUUUGGCGCUUAAUCCCAUGGCUGCUCGAUGUAGCGCAGGAAAUAGAUGAACAAGACCCAUUAGAUGCAGAAAUAUAAAAUUCUUUUGCAGAAAUAUUUGUUACAAAAUUAUUUCUGAUAUCUUUUGUACGUAUCUUAUAUUUAUUAUCAGAAUUUCCUUUUGAUAUUCGGUAUUCAA